AUCAGCAUCAGCAACUUUCUCAUCUUCUUUGCUCUAUACCCAAUCUUGACUACCGGUUAGUCGUCCACUCAUUGCAUCCUUGCACGUUCUACACUCUCUUGAAAAACAAUGUUCUCCCGCAGCCUUUUCAGCGCCAUCGCGCUCCAGACUCUCGUUUCUACCGCCCUUGCCGGUAACGCAAUCAUCAACAACCACUGCGGCUACGAUGUCACCGUCUUGAGCACCGCCACCAAUGCUCAGACCCCCAUCCCCGCCGGCGGCUCCUGGUCCGAGGGCCUCCAGGGCCACCAGUCCCUCAAGAUCGCCAAGGACCCCAACCUGAUGUGGGCCCACGGUAUCACGCAGUUCGAGUACUCCGUCGCCGACACCCUCUGGUACGACAUCUCUCUGAUCGACUGCGUCAACUUCGGCGCCGACGGCGGCGUCGACGGCGCAAACUGCGCGGGCUACGAUGCCGGUAUCCGCAUGGAGGCGACCGGCGGCACCUGCGCUGUCGCCAACCUGCCCCCCAACACGCACGACCCUAGUCAGGCUUACUUCGUCUGGAACGACGAUCUUUCCACUAAGAGCUGCCUUCCCGGGGAGAUUGGCGGUGACAUUACUAUGACGCUUUGCUCGGGUGGAGGCGCAAAGAGGAGCGUCGCUGGACGCAUUCAGUACUAGUAGGGACACGAUGGGACGGGUAGACGGAUGAGGAAUAUGAUCUGAUCUGAUUUGAUAUGGACUGGGUUGGCUUGGCUUAGUUACAGAUUCCCCCUUCUUGUGUUGUUAGGCUCAGGGUAGAGCUGAAUACAGAUUUGAAAACGCU